UAAAAUAGAAAUACUACAACUGUUCCCUUCUCUAUUGCACUCUUCUCCCCGCCCCACGGACACGUCACGAGGGGGCGGAGUCAGAGCGGACAGGCAGGCGGCAGCGUCGCAGCGUUACAACGAGAGCGGCUCCUGGGCUUUGUUUUGUGGAUGUGAAUGAGCUCCAUCAACUCCAUCAGAAAUGUGGACGGACAUAAGGACGUUGAUACUUUUUCAUGCGUUUGUCCUGAGGCUUCAUUUCUCAGAAGCGACGGAUGAGUGUGAGGAUGGACAGUUUCAGUGCAACAACAAAAGGUGUAUACCGACCAUCUGGAGGUGCGACGACGAUGACGACUGCUCAGACAACAGCGACGAAGAAAACUGUCCCAGGAAGACGUGUGCCCCCGCUGAGUUUGCCUGCUUAAAUGGCCAGUGUGUCCCGGGACGGUGGCGGUGCGACGGGGAACCAGAGUGUCCCGAUGGCUCUGAUGAGGCAGCGGAGACCUGCAGCAAACAGACAUGCCCUCCAGAGAAAUUUGACUGUGGCGGAUCCACCAACAAGUGUGUCUCGUUGUCAUGGAGAUGCGAUGGGGAGAAGGAUUGCGAGAACGGGGCCGACGAGGAGGACUGCGCGUCCGAUGCCAAAGCCUGCACCAGCGGGGAGUUCCCGUGCGCCAACCGCAAGUGCCUGGCCGCCGUCUACGUGUGCGACGGCGACGACGACUGCGGAGACGGCAGCGACGAGCUCAAGUGCGCGUCCCCCCUGACCUGCGGGCCCAACCACCUCCGCUGUAACACCUCGGAGUGCGUGCCGCUCAUGUGGAGCUGCGACGGAGACCCCGACUGCGCCGACAGCUCCGACGAGGGGCCGGAGCGCUGCGGCGGCGACGGCGCGCCCUACCUGCUGACCCGCCGCACCAACUGCACCGCCGAGGAGUUCCGCUGCGCCAACGGAGAGUGCGUGAGGCUGAGCUGGAAGUGUGACGGAGACGCAGACUGCAAAGACAAGUCUGACGAGUCCGAAUGCCCUCUGCUCACGUGUCGUCCCGAUGAGUUCCAGUGCGGUGAUGGCUCCUGCAUCCACGGCACCAAGCAGUGUAACAAGGUCCAUGACUGUCCUGAUCACAGCGACGAAUCAGGCUGCGUCAACGCCACAAAAUGCGAAGGACCCCUGAAGUUUCUGUGUAAAAACGGAGAGUGCAUUGACAGCUCCAAGGUGUGUGACUCCGUCAAGGACUGCAAGGACCGGUCAGAUGAGCCCAAGAAGGAGUGCGGGCUGAAUGAGUGCAUGAUCAACAACGGGGGCUGCUCCCAUGUCUGCAUGGACCGACCCAUUGGCUUCGAGUGCCAGUGCCCCACUGGCUACCAGCUACUGGACAAAAAGACUUGUGGGGACAUCGAUGAGUGUGAGAACCCAGAUGCUUGCAGCCAGAUCUGCAUCAACUACAAGGGCGAUUUUAAAUGUGAAUGCCAUGAAGGAUAUGAGAUCGACCCUGCUACUAAGACCUGCAAGGCAGAAGGAAAGAGCCCUUACCUGCUAUUCACCAACCGGCACGAGAUCCGCCGCAUCGACCUGGUAAAGAGGGACUACAGCCAGGUGGUGUCCACCCAGAAGAACGCUGUAGCUCUGGACCUGGAUGUGGCCAACAACCGCGUCUUCUGGUGCGAUCGCUUUCACCGGAAAAUCUACAGUGCCUUCAUUCACGAGGCCAGUGACCCGUCCCAGCAGGUGCCGCUGCUGGAUUCUCUCCUGCAGACCCCCGUGGGUCUGGCUCUGGACUGGCUCCAACACAACUUGUACUGGGCUGACUCGGGAGACAAGUCCAUCUCUGUGGCCUCGGUGGACGCAACCAAGAGACGCGUCCUCAUCAACACCGACCUGAGUGAGCCCCGAGCCAUAGCGCUGGAUCCCCAUCACGGCUUUAUGUACUGGUCUGACUGGGGCACGAGAGCCAAGAUAGAAAAGGCCGGGAUGAACGGAGUGGACCGACAGGUGCUGGUGGCUGAUAACAUUGAAUGGCCCAAUGGCAUCACUCUAGAUGUAGCCAACAGGCGUCUGUACUGGGUGGAUUCGAAGCUGCACCUCAUUGCCAGCGUGGACCUGAACGGAGCGCACCGCAGAACACACGUGUCGUCUGCAGAGAGACUGGGGCACCCCUACGCGCUGGCGGUUUUUGAGGAUCGUAUCUACUGGACAGACAGAGACAGAUCGUCCGUCUUCAUGGCCAACAGGUUGACCGGUCAGGACAUCCACUCGCUGGCCGAAAACCUCAACGACCCCCACGACAUUGUGGUCUUCCACCAGCUCCGCCAGCCACAAGGUCCAGACAGCUGUAAUCUGGGCAGCGUGGCCAACGGGGGGUGUCAGUACUUGUGUCUCAAGGCUCCACAGAUCACAGAGCACUCGCCCAAAUACACCUGCGCCUGCCCCGACGGGCAGGACCUGGGGCCCGAUAUGAGGGGCUGUGUGCCAGCACCAAGAAACAACGCGACGCAGACGUCCUCGCCUCCUGCUGGGUUUUCACCUGCCACGAGAGCGGCUCUGGCCGAAGACUUCCCGCCCCCCUCAGGGGGGGUGUCACAGGCGGACGCCACCCCUCGCCUGACCACAGCUCCCUCCGGGGCCACGGAGCUCCUCACACCCGACGACGCUCUGAAGCCUUUGUCGUCGCAAGAGUCCAAGGUGCCGGGGUCGCGCUCCACUGCCACCGCGAGGGUCCUCUCCACCACACCCGCCAGGGACAGCAGCGUCUCCCAACACUCCGGCAGCGAGAAUUUCCUCCUGGGCGAGAACCUGACAGUGGCUGUUUUGGGAGUGGUCAUCCCCAUCGUUCCUGUCGUUGCCACAGUGGUGUUCAGCCUGGUGUGCGCCGGCGUCUACCUGGUGUGGCGCAACUGGCGGCGCAACUCCACCAAGAGCAUGAACUUCGACAACCCCGUCUACCGCAAGACCACCGGCGAGGGCGAGGAGGACGAGAUCCACAUCGGGCGGACGGACGGCAUGGGACACCACGGGCACCACCACCCGUACCCGCAGGGCGUCAACGCCGGGGUCGCCGGGGCCGGAGUCGGCACCUGCCCGCAGUUCAUCGCCCUGCCACUGGGGGGCAGCAUGCCCGACCCGGGGACUCACUGGUACACGGAGCAGCCCAUGCUGUCCUCGGCAAAGUGACCCUGCGCGAGAGCCGAUCCGCCGAGGCGACGCCCCCCCCCCCCCCCCCACACGGUGAGGUCACGGGUGACUUGGACUGAGUUUGCAGAACAACAUAUCAUCGCCAACAACAUUUCAUCAAGUGUUACAUGGGGCCAUACUUUGUGCCAACUUCCAUUUGGGGAAAAAAAAAAACUUUAAACUGUUAAACUAACAUAAUUCGUACCUUUAGUUCUACUUUCGUACGUCACUGCUGAGAAUGAAUUACAGAAUUUGUAAAGUGUUAUUUGUAUACUGGUUAUUGUUUUGUAGUUUUCAUUGAAAACUGCGGUGAGGUGUCUGCUGUGUGUCUGAUAUUUUGAGACGGGACUGGUGAGAAGUUGUAUAAAUAUGGGCUCUUUGUGUUAUUCCUGGUGAAGCUCUGAGAACACUGUGCAAGGAAGAGCUCUGAAACUGGGACAGUAACUGCGUUGGUGGGACAAUCUGUACACAUUCUUGUUUAAGUCGAUCACAAAUGUCAUAAAUGUCAUUAGUGGAGCUGUCACUUGUAGUUUUCCUGGAUGGGUUUUGUUUUGUGUAAGAUUUCUUUUUUUUCAUUCUGACUGGAUUUUAAAGAAAGUUCUAUACCUCUGUGAUAUAGGCAAGCCUUUAAGGGCGAGUUGUCUUGCGUUUAAGGGUGCACUUGAGGCUAGAUAUCUUUAUUUGACCUUCAGUUUGUGGGAGAGAGCAGCAGGAAAGUAAGAAAAUUGAGGUAUUAGACGUACUGUGAGGUUAGAGGGAAGUGGUUUUACGCAGCAGUUGUUUCUUAUCACUUCUUAUUUAGAUAUUAAAUGGUUUGAGAAAAACAAUAGGCUCCACUUCAGAAAAAAAAGAAAAGAAAAUUGAGUGUUCUAAAAUGUUAUUUGAUCACCCGCCUUUGACUGUGACAAAUGCGCACAUAAGUACGCGUAGUGCAGUGAGAGAAAAGUCAUGCUGUAUUCUCCAGAGGACAGAUACAAUGUGCACUUGCGCUCCACAAACACAAACAGCAUGAAUAAUUGCUCACCAGCUGAGAAUGCACCCGCUCGCUGUUGAGCGAGACACGCACACAUUCGCAAAAGCAACCUGGAUUCCAAGACCCGCUCCCCUCCUCCUCGUGAGAUGGCCGAUAUCGGAGCCGACAGUUUUGCAUUGCACAGUUUUGCAUGGGGGGGACGGGGAGGGGGGCCCAGCUGGGAGGGCUGCAUGAUGAAAAAGACCUGUCAUGUGAUGUAACCACAGAAAACUAGAACCUGACUCUGAUGGAAUGAGAUUGAGACCAAAUUAUCGGUGAACAUGCUUCAUGCUGGUUUAAGACACUGUUACUCCAUUCAUAAACCUAAAACGUGUGUGUGUGUCUGUAUGUGUAUGUGUGUGUGUGCGUGUGCGUGCUCACUAUUAUGCAUGUAAGUGCAAAUUUCAUCCCACAGACAUAUUUGAACCGUUUUGUAUGCUCUUUGUUGCACAACCCUCUUGGAAUGCCUUCUGCAUUGUGUAUUGCAUCGAACAAAACAGUGUGUGAAGAUGCAUUGAUGUGUGAGUUUGGGGGUGUGUGUGUGUGUGCGUGUGUGACAGUGUGUCUGCAGAAGCUCUGAGGGUGAUUUUGGAUUCAUUGAUUUGUAAAUAUGUUUUCAUAAGGUUUUUGAUAAUGUAUUAUACAAUUAUUUAAAAGAGAGGAUGUACAUAAGAUUUUAGAAUAAAGUGUUGACAUGUAUAUUAAUUUAUUUGUAUAAAAGCAGAACACUGCAUUCCCUGAUUGUAAGAAAUCUGAAUUAUUCACCAAAGUGGUUUGUGUCGUUUCUUGCUGUGCACCACUCACGGUUAUUUUUCUGUAACCCUUUUUCCUUUGAUAGCACACGUAACACAUGGUGUCCCCUCCCCAAAGCUCCCCACAUCUUUGCUACCUUGAUGUUAAUGAGAAACGUGAUUUUGGUUGAUCUGUGCCUUUUUUUGUUUUAUUUUUCAUUCUCCUGUAGUAUUUUCAUGAAAAGGACAGGGAUCAGCCGUCCACUGUACAUGCAAAGAUAAACUGUAUGAAAACCAUACUGGUUCCACUUUUUGAUUUUCUGUCAUGAAUUACUUUGGAAUAUCUAUAUAUUGAUAUAUAAAAUCGGACUGAAAUUGUCUGUGAUUUGUU